AUCAGCCAACAGAAAGUGACAGCUAAUUUUGACACACGUUUUAAUAAUCAUUACCUCGUUUUGCGCUAAUUUUGACAAUACUCCGCGAAUUACUUAUAGAAAUCACCAAAUCCACUACAAAUUAAACUGCAAAAAGUUGUCACUGAAUGAAAAAUUAUACAAUUCUUCCGGGACAGUGCUGUAUCAUUGAGUUCAAGUUAUUUCAUUAGCUUGGUUGUGCCAAAUGUAAGCAGCUGAUGCUACAAGUUGUUUCUUGUUGUUGCUACGUCUUCAGGUGCCUACGUGACUCAUGAACAUGUGUCAAUGGUUGCCAAACCUUUGUCUACAACAAUAAAGCAACAACACGUGCGAUUUGAAAAAAGGCAAAUGCAAAGACAGUGGGGGUAAACAAAAAACCUACCAACUAAACGAACCAAAGAAAGACAAGUCAAUCGGUGCAGCAAAGCGGACUAAAUCAGACGUGUGUUUUUAGCUGAAGUUGGUGUAAAGUAUUUUCGGUGAAGUGCAUUUAUGAUUGAAUAAAUUACACAUUUCUAAACUGUGAUAAAGUUGAUUCAGUUGUGAAACACAAAUAAUUCUGCAACUGCAAAAUUAAUACGUAAACUUAAAAGCUUAUAAAAUAAUACUUUGACUGAUACAAACGGAAAUGACUUCACCGUUCUGUGUUUAGAGACUAAUAUUUACAUUUAAUAUUUUUUUUUUUUGAUUUCUGAAACAAUCAUAAGCAGCAAAAACAAGACAAAAUAUAAAACUUGAGAAGAGUUCAAUGAAACAAAGUGUCUCCGAGUUUGUGUAGAAGAAAUUGCAUCAGACAAAUAAUACAUAUACAUAAAUAUUCAAAUAAAAAACUAACAUCUCGAAGUUUGCGACAAGCCAAGAUAACAAAUAAACAAUUAUAAAGCAGCAACAAAAAAAGAAUACCAAGCACAAUGUUGGAUGUAAUCCAACCCAUCAGCGUGGGCUUAGCGUCGCCAAAUCCAACCACCACCGCAACAUCAACCAACAAUGAAAUCGUAGUGGUACGGGCUAAACCGAAAAAGGUGUUUAAGCCAAAAGCACGAAUCAAUCGCAUUCCACAAUCUUUACUUGAUGAUCCAGUACUUCAGAAGGCCAUCGAUCGUUUACCUUCCAACUACAACUUUGAAUUGCACAAAACCAUCUGGCGCAUACGUGAAAUGAAAGCUAAGCGUGUAGCGUUGCAGUUGCCCGAGGGUUUGCUCAUGUAUUCAAUGAUUAUAAGCGAUAUAAUUCAACGUUUUACCGACGCUGACACCGUCAUCAUGGGGGAUGUUACGUACGGCGCCUGUUGUGUCGACGAUUAUACAGCUAAGGCUUUGGGUGCAGAAUUGCUGGUGCAUUAUGGUCACAGCUGUUUGAUACCAGUUGAUCAAACGAGCGAUAUCAAAGUGCUAUAUGUUUUUGUCGAUAUCAAAAUCGAUCCCUUGCAUUUCAUCGAAUCGAUAAAAUUGAAUUUCAAACCAACUGAUGGUCAAAUAGCACUAGUGAGCACUAUACAAUUUGUAACUACAUUGCAAGCGGCAUCCGCUGAGCUGAAAUCAGCUGGUUAUGAUGUGAUUGUGCCUCAAGCCAAACCCUUAAGCCCAGGCGAAAUAUUAGGUUGCACUUCGCCCGAAUUGCCAGCCAGUACUAAGAAACUAAUUUAUCUAGGCGAUGGACGUUUCCAUUUGGAGUCAGCCAUGAUUGCGAAUCCUUCUUUGAAGGCAUAUAAAUACGAUCCCUAUGAGAAGAAGUUCACCAUCGAAGAAUAUGAUCAUCGCGUUAUGCAGAGCUUCCGUUACCGCGAAAUCGAGCGCGCCAAAGCGGCCAAGAAGUUCGGCAUAAUAGUCGGUACUUUGGGAAGACAAGGCAGUAGUCGGGUGCAUCGAUUUCUCGAAAAACGUUUGCAUGCCAAAGGCUAUGCCACAACAACAAUAUUGCUCUCCGAGAUCUUUCCACAGAAAUUGGCGCUUUUUAACGACAUUGAUGCAUUCGUGCAGAUCGCUUGUCCACGUCUUUCUAUUGAUUGGGGUUCGGCAUUUGCCAAGCCGCUGCUUAAUCCCUACGAAUUGUCUGUGGUGCUAGGAGAUGUGGAAUUUACUCCACAUAACACUGCACCAAAGGGUAAUGCAUAUCCCAUGGAUUUUUAUGCCAGCGGGAGUCUUGGACCAUGGACGCCAAAUUUCAAACCACCAGCUGUGGGCGAAUGCGACAAUAAACCAUCCGAAGCGUGUUGUGGUCGCUGUGUGCGCGCCGAACUAGAAAAGGAUGACAACGAUGCAGCACGGGCGGCUACGAUAGAAGACAUUUUGGACUUCAAAAAGGGAUAAGUAGGAGAUAGCGCAGUUAAACUGAAGUGACGUGAUUACUUAGCUUAGGUUUAAUUAAUUUAGCGGAGAGUUAUAAGCCAGUGCUUGUAAUUUGCUUUCUAUUAGAUAGGGAAGAAGAACAAAAAUGACUUAUCUAAAGUCUAUAAAAUUUAGACUAUAAAUAAUUUUUAUAAAUGUUUGGAUUUUCAUUAUACAUAGAUUUCUUCAACAUAUUAACAUGCUUUAUAGGUAUUUUAAUUUAAUUUUUUUCAUUUUAAUAUU